AUGGGCACCUUUGACAGCUAUCUGCCUCCCGCCUUGAGCGCGGAGACCAUUACUAUAUUGAUCCUGUCACUGAAUCUCCCUGCACCAAGCUCCAUCGAGCCACUACAGGUCAAGGCUGCCUUCCAUUCCAUCUAUCUCAUCCAUUUCCCAUCCACAGAAGAGAUUUCCGCACGAGCAAACAUGGACGGCACCGUUACGCUGGUACUGCGUGUCUCCAGCCGGCAGCUUCCUGGCAUCAAGACAAGCAACGAGGUAGGCGUCAUGACCUGGGUGCGCCAGCAUACCUCAAUUCCAGUACCAGCCAUCAUCCGGUACGAUGCAACGGAGAAUCAUGUAACCAGACACGAGUUCACACUGCUUGAGAAGGCAGCCGGCAUCAGUAUCGAUCAGAUCUACGCAACGCUAUCCGACUCGGUCAAGACACAAAUGAUCCACCAAUUAACAGAGUAUCUGAUAGAGCUGCACGCACAGCCUUGGUACGAUGGAUACGUGGGCGGGCUCACACUAACGCAAACGGGUGAGCUGGCGCGUGGACCACCAAUCGACGAAAGCUUCUAG